CGCCAAAGCGCCCGUGCGUCUGUGUGUUAGUCUCCUGUUUUGUCGAGCCGAACGGCGAAUGCUUUUCCCGCACGGUAUAACCAUAUUUCGGAACAAGUGAAACAAAAGCACCCGGAGGCAAUGGAAUGAAAAACAGAUGAGACAAAAAAAAACCUCCUCCCUGGCACGCACACAACAAAGGAAUGAAACAAAAUAAAAAAGGCAGGGAAAACUCCAGCGAGGAAAAUGAUGAGGGACAAUAUUUUCCAAACCCUAUGCUGAGACGAGGGUGCGCCUUUGCAAAAAGGGUGGUUUUGCGCCCUAUGUUUAUGUACAUUACACUGCUUCAUGUUUUCUUUCUCUCUUCUGUUCAAUCUCUCUCUGUCUCUCUUUCGUUCUGCUCCUUUUGCUUACAUGCCGACAACAGAAACCACAUGCGCUUUCGAUGAAAAACCGGACGCAAGGUUUUCACCAUUUUAUAUGGCGGUUCUCGAAACGAUAUGUUUCUGAUUUUAUGAUCGCUCUCUCUCUCUCUCCCCGAGCGUAUUUUCCUUCCAUCAGCAAACACAUGCUCGAGCGCGGGUGUCGGUGUGGUUGGUGGUGGUGGUGGUGGUAAAGUUGCCGAAGAUUAGGGCCACAUUUUGCAAAAGGCCGUCAGGAUAUUCGGGAAAGGAUGGUUUAGUUUGUCGGUAGCGCUCGUUGAAGGAACAAGUGAUUCGGCACCAAACAGUUAAGGAGACAUUAAAGAAUGCAGCUUUUGAGGAAGUUUAAGCUGUGCGACGUGUUGUGAUUAAAAGAAAAUCAAUGUGUUAUCUAUGGUGAUUGUCUAAGAAACAUUGUGAAAAUAUACUUAAUACAGUUUCCAUUAAAGAGUGUUCACAUUCGUAAGUGUGCGAUAGUGUUCGGCUUUAUCACUAGCUUUGUUUCCAACACAACCAUGACAAUGGACAUCAAACAGUCGCGUAUGAAUGUGAAGAUAGUACCACCGUUACCGGACCAGCAGGAUCAACAGUUGCAUCAACAUGUGAUUACUAAAAUGGCCGACCGGAAACCUAGCACCGGCACUAAACGGUCAUUCGACGUUGCGUUUCUAAUGCUGCCGGAUGAAAAGCUCGCAGCAGCGCGGAAUGGAAAAACACCGAAAAGACAGCUUCCACCUGCACCAUCGCCUACCAUCGAUGUGGAAAGUGAUUCAACCCAAUCGGAGGAUCUUUCGCUGAAGGGUGGCUUUAGUCCGGUACGAUCACCGGAAGUGGAACGACAUUUUCCGCUGGAAAUGUUAAACGCUACCCGUCAUCGGGCAUUGCUGGUGGAUGGCCAUACGGCUCCACUUAUCCAUCAUCCCCAGCAGCCUCACACGCAUCAUCAUGCCAAUCACCAACAUUUGCCCCAACAUCCGGGUGGGGAAGAACGGUUAGCUUAUCUCUUUAACUCUGGCGCAAGAUUUUAUGAACAUCCGUUCGGUGGCUUUGGACGUAGUGAUUCCGAUACGCAACGUAGUGCUUUUCAGAAAGUGUCCAGCAUGAUACCGAACGGAUCGCCAUUGCCACCGCUAAGUCCGGAUCGUCACAGCUGUCCUUCGACGAGUCCACCGAUUUCGAUCAGUCCGUCCGGAUCGCAGACCGGUUCGGUCGGUGGUUUCCGUACGUACGAGUAUGGACCGUUUCUAUCGCCCAGUCCGGGCAGUCCAUCGGCACCACCAAAUGGUCCGGUUCGGUCUACAUCACCUGCGGCAAAAACGACAGGUCCUGCACCACCCCUACCGAUGCUGUACCGACCAACCGAUCCGAACGAUCCUUCGAUGGCGGGUUCACCUUAUUUCCCCGGUGUACCACCCUUCGCAUUGCCCCCGUUUGCUGCUGGACCUUCCCCACCGAUGCCGGAAUCGGUCGACGGUAUCAUACGUAACCCGGCAGCAGCAGCCAUUCUGUCCACCUUGCUACCAUCCGCCAUGAGUACGUUCACCCUUUCGGCCCAGAACGUAUGUGCCAAGUGCAACAUAAGCUUCCGGAUGACGAGUGAUCUGGUGUACCAUAUGCGUUCCCAUCACAAAAGUGAACACGUGCAUGAUCACGCACGGCGCAAGCGGGAGGACAAGCUGAAGUGUCCGGUGUGCAACGAAAGCUUCCGUGAGCGACAUCAUCUAACGCGUCACAUGACCGCACACCAGGAUAAGGCGGGUGAUUUGCUGGAAAAGUCGAGCGGCACCGGCAUCGGUAUGAAGGGUGCAACCUCACGGCAUCAACACCAGCAACAGCAUCUUCAUGUCGCUUCGACGGGGCGGCUUGCGUAACGUGAUCGGAGCACACGGGUGGUAUAUCGAGAUGAACAUCUGUUACGAUUCUUCAAAUAGCCCAUACACACAUACGAAGAUCAAACCCUCUCCGGGUGGUGAUUAAAAUAUGUUUUAAUCAGUUGCUGCCUUUUCAGUUUUCUUUCUUUUUUUCAUAAAAGAGGGUUUGAUUUUAGUUCCUUCCCGUGCAUUUUAUGCUUUUCGGUUGUUUUGUUAUGAAAAGGAAAACAGAAGCAAGUGGCGUGUGUGGUCGUGCAGCAUGAAAUAAUAGGGCAUUGUUUAACACUUUCUUGCGCUAGGUGUGGUGGCAACCAAACUGCAUUUACAUUCACGAAACAAUACGCAACAAUGAUUAUGUUAAGUUGGUAAAAAAAUAUUUAAUUAUUAAAAUGUGAUAUUAAAUGUACUUUAAAGACGAGUUUUAAAGGAAAAAGUGGUGAGCCAUGAUAGAGCAACUCGUUGUCGGUAAUGUAGAUUAACAAGUUAUAUAGACACAAGAAAAAAAAAAAAAGAAAAUGUUAGUAAAUAGUACAAGGGAUGAAUAUUUGUCAAUGUAUAGCAAAACGCAAAGCAAUCUCGGUAGCAUAAUCGACCCACUCACACUAAUACAUACACACACAGAAAUAUACAGACUAUAGUGCACAAAUCAUCGCGAAGCAUUGAAAAGUGGUAUUUAAUAAAUGUUGUCUUAUCGUACGGAAAAUGGAUAAUUUUUAUUAAUGAUCAUGUUUUUUCACGAAACGGCGAGUUUUGUGUUCCACCCUAUAGACCUCCACAUUCGGUGUGGUAAGGGUAAGCUAAGGCAUGCACUUAUCAAAAAUCAUCCGAAAUUCGAUUAUAAAACGCAGCGCGUGAUUUUCACUCGCUAAGCGUAAGUAUCGUUUUUGAUAGCGUCCGAAAAGAAGGGAUGCUCAUUGAGCAGGAGGUUCAUAAAUCAUCUGUUCAUCUGUUUUUGGGGUUUGCAUCUUUUCGUUUUGCAUGCUUCUUUUUCGUUCGCAGAAUGGUGGCAUAAUCUUUGCUAUUAAUUUCAUUUUCUGUUUAGCAGUUACAUUAGCGUAAAGCUGAUGAUGUUUUUUUCUCUCCUUAGUUGAGCGGUGGUAUUAAUCUGUUUGCAAUUUAUUCAUUUAUCAAUUUUGCACUUCGUAUUUGAACAGAAUGUAUUGAUAAUCGUAUUACCAAGAGAAUCGCUUUUUGCUUUAAAUAAAAAAAACAUGAUAUUAGAAUAUUUAUUUGCUUUUUUACUUAAUUUAUAAUUAAGUUUUAUUAAAAAAAUUGAAACUUUUCAACGGAAAGAAAUAAGAAGCUUGAAAAAGAAAGUGUAAGGAAAAUGUAUACAUUAUUGUUAAACACCAAAACAUAUUUAUACAUUUUUUCAAUAUUUAUUAUUUUAUUUUGGAUUUUUUCCAAAACCGCUUGCUAUUUCU